CCCAGACCGGCCUGUCGUAUCUACAACACGACUCAACUCACUUGAACACUCACCACACAUUCACCAUGGCCAGAAUUAAGAAGAAGGGCGUCGCCGGAAAUGCGAAGAACUUCAUCACGAGAACGCAAGCCGUUCGCAAACUUCAGAUCUCGCUGCCUGACUUCCGUCGCCUCUGUAUUUUCAAGGGAAUCUACCCUCGAGAACCCAGAAACAAGAAGAAGGCCAACAAGGGCUCCACAGCGCCUACAACCUUCUACUACACCAAAGAUAUCCAGUACCUUCUGCACGAACCUGUACUAGAGAAGUUCCGCGAGCACAAGACCUUCGCAAAGAAGCUAUCGAAAGCGCUCGGCCGUGGCGACUACGGGGAUGCCAAACGUCUGGAACUGUACCAGAAGCCGCAGGUCACCUUGGACCACAUCGUGAAGGAGCGUUACCCCACCUUCACCGACGCUCUGCGCGACCUCGACGAUGCCUUGUCGAUGUUGUUCCUUUUCGCGAACCUCCCCACAAAUCACAACCUUCCUCCUGCGACGGUAGCGAAUUGUGAGCGGCUGUGCAACGAAUGGCAGCACUACGUCAUUCGUGCCAACGUCCUCCGGAAGAGUUUCUUGUCGAUAAAAGGCAUUUACUACCAGGCGGAGGUUCAGGGCCAGGAUAUUCUGUGGUUGGUGCCGUAUAAGUUCGCCCAGAACGUGCCGGUCGAUGUCGAUUUCAGGAUCAUGCACACGUUCGUUGAGUUCUACACCACUCUCCUUGGAUUCGUCAUGUUCAAACUCUACACGAAUGAGGGCCUGGUCUACCCACCCAAGUUCGACAAGGACGCCGACGCAAAAGGUGCUGGUCUUCGCGCAUUCAAGCUGGAGCACAAGGGUGUCGGAGCGAUAACGGAAGGUGUGGCGCAAGCACAGCUCUCGAAGAAGGAGACAGUAAAACAGACAAAGCUAUUGCAGGAGAAGAUCGCUGCGAUUACUGAGGGCGAGGAGGAUGAUACACCCGAGGCGCAACAAGUGCCUGAAGCUACUGACGAGUUCGACACGUUCAACCCUAUCAAGACCGACAGCGCCGUUGAUGUACUACCUCAACCCCAGAUAUCGAGCAAUGGAACUGGAAGUACCGACCCUGCGAACCUGUUCGCGCCCUACACAUUCUACAUUUCCCGAGAAGCCCCCCGUGAGCCCCUCGAGUUCCUGUUGAGAUCGUUCGGCUGCAAGCGUAUCGGUUGGGAUCUGGUCCUCGGAGAAGGCUCUUUCACGGACAACGAGUUGGACCCCUCGAUUACACAUCAGAUCGUCGACAGACCCCCAGUAGUUGGUCUUCCUCCGCUACCGGUCGGUGCCGCCACAGCAUCCGCGCCCAGUGGCAGAGUCGCGGGACGUAUCUACGUUCAGCCACAGUACGUUUGGGAUUGUGUCAACACUCUCCGGUUGAUCUCGCCAGCCGAGUACGGCCCUGGCGCGCUCCUACCCGCACAUUUGAGCCCCUGGGUCAAGGCCUCCUCUGGAGAAUACGACCCGUCGGCGCCGGUUCCUGCCGGAGAUGAGGACGAGGAGGAAGUGAGUGACGAUGACAACGGCAUGACCGAGGAGUUGGGUGACGAUGAUGAUGCGGACGAGGAUAUGGAGGCCGAGGUUGAUGUGUCGGAGGCUGAGGAAGACUCCGAGGACGAGGAGGAAGUUGCCCGCAAGGAGCACCAGAAGGAGCUCGAGGCUGAGGCGGCUGGCGUUAAGCUGCCCACGACGGAUGCGAAGAAGAAGAAGAAGUCGAAGGCACAGAGGGAGGAGGAAGAGCAGAAGGAGAUGCAGAAGAUAAUGAUGACCAAGAAGAAGCGAAAGCUAUACGAGAAGAUGGUUUACGGCAACAAGAAGAAGGAAGACGAGGCCGAAACGCUGCGCCAGAAGCGGAGGAAACUGGAGAAGUCGAAAAAGAAGGCUGCUGCAUAAAUGUUGGCAUUGAAUUGGAUUUAUGUACUUGUUCAAAAUUAAUGAAUUAAAAGUUUUCGGCUUUGGGAG